AACAACCAAGUGUUCGACGGUGAAGUUUAACUACGUAUUUGGUAAUAAUACGUCUGCGGCCGAGGAUUAAAUAUGUAUUCUGUUUUUAUGAUAUGAAUGGGGGUUUGAUCGCUUAUCAUUACAUAUCUGUUUUUAUGAUAUGAGAUGGGGUUUGAUCGCUUAUUUGAAUAGCAUAUUCUAGACCGAUAAAGUGCAUAUUAACAUCCGAUUUACAUUCCGCUUGGGAAGAAACCGUAAAAUAGAGAUAUUGCACUUAAGAUGUUUCGCCAGCGUAUGGACAUAGUGAUUAAUCUGUUUUUAUUAUGAAUCACAUUAGCCGUAUGGAUAUUGUAUACAAAUGGGCCUUACCUACCAGAGCUAAAUGAAAUCUGGAGUCGAGGGUCUAAUAAGAAGGUGCAUAUUCUAUCAUCAACCAUCACUAAUAGCUUCCAGGCGCUGGUGAGAGACGCACUUGCUCGCCUGAUGGGAUAUCAGUGUCGAAAAAGUCUUGACGGGUAUUCAUGGAUUGAAGAGAAGGCGGUAUACGAUAGUACAUUGGUGUGUUAAACGAUUAUAAAAGAUGGAGAAAUUUUCGGCGAAGAGUUUGGUUUUGAAAUGUGGAAUAAUUUAUGUUAUUGUCUUCGAGGCGUUGAUUCCGAUUGUGACUUGUCAAAGACCCCCCAAAGCAGAAAUAGACAUCAUAGUACCCAAACUAGAUAAAGUUGUGAAAUCAAUUGAUAAGAGAGAGUUUUAUAAAAUUAUAAGACCCAUCAGAAGGGACUAUUCGGCAUUUGCCAGGAUUAUAGAAUUGGACGACAGCAAUCCGGAUGAAAUUCUGAGAAUCUUCUGUGAUACAGUGUUUGAAAAACACACCAAUGCUUUGAUACAUUUAAGUGUCACCAAAAAGGGCCAAAAGUCUAAGGAUUACAUUCUAGGUCUGGCUACCAGUUUAGGAUUUCCGGUCCUGUCGUUUGACCCGAAUUACGUUGGGGCACUCGAGACGACUAAACUACAAGGCGGCGAGGAACGGACGAACCCACAAAACCGGAUGAUCCUUCAAUUGGCCCCCACCCUCUACCACCAGGCACAGGCCAUGCUCAAGUUCAUGAUGACCUUCAACUGGACACACUUCACGGUGGUAUCUACGACAGACGACAACAACUUUGACUUUAGAACGGCUCUAAGGACACUGGUGAAGAAGAACAAUGAUGUCAACAUUCUCAGCGGUCAGUUCAGAUUUAAAAUCAUGAAGGAGACCUUGUUUGAGUGCGUUGAGGAUGAAUCUGAUGACGUCAUGAUACAAAGAGCAGUUCAAUUCUUCAAAACACAAAUUCCCAAGGACAGCAGAAUCUUCUUAUUGCAUUCAGAAAACGCAAAAAAUCUGUUGGACGCUGCGAAAAAAGCCGGACUAACGUCAUACAAGUAUUUAUGGAUACUGACGUCACAGAGUAUCGGAAUUCCUACCAAAAGAACGUCGAGGUCCUUUCCACUGGGAACAAUAGGUGUGAGUGACGUAACUACAGACAGCAAAUAUGUUGACUCAGUGUACAAAAAGGCGGUUGAGAUAGGCGUAUCCACGUGGGUGGGGGCGCUUCAGAAACUAAAAAGACGAGUCCUACAACCGGACUUCACGUGCAACGAAUCCAUUCCCACCUCUUCGUGGAACGGGGGACGUGAAUUAUACACCCUGAUGAGAUCUCACGAGAACAGACGAAGCGGACAUAUGAUCAGCUUUGACGAAAACGGCCUCAGCAGAAACGUAGAACUGAACAUUCUUAAUGUCCAACCCAUGGGGAGGAACAAUGGAUGGGGAGAGAUUGGCCGUUGGUAUGCAGAUAAUAGGACUCUCAAACCGAAACUAGAGUUGCAUGGGAUCACGUGGCCGGGUGACCGAAAGUUACCUCCCCGGGGUAGACCUGAGAGGAGGUACUUCUCCAUAGCAACACUGGAGGAGGAACCUUAUGUUAUGUACACCAAGCGAAACGAGAGGGGGGCGUGUAACCCCCCAGCGGUGUCGUGUAAGAUAGGCUACAAUAGAACUUUACAUGGCGAUGAUCCGACUGUGGCUAACGGGACUAUUCAGUGGUGCUGUGCUGGUCUAAGUAUUGAUUUGCUCGAAAUAUUCAAAACCCGUCUGGAGUUUGAUUAUGACCUGUUCGAGGUUCCAGAUCGAACCUGUGGCGUCAAAGAUCAGAAGACGGGUAAAUGGAACGGUCUAAUCAAGAUUCUCCAAGAUGGCGGGGCUGACAUGGCUCUGACGUCACUGCAGAUUACACCCGGCAGAUCAGAGGCCGUAGAGUUCACGGUUCCAUAUCUGGAAACUGGAACGUCCAUCAUUGUAUCUCUGCGAAAUGACACUAUUUCAGCAUACGCCAUUUUAGAGCCGUAUGACUACGGAGCAUGGUGCCUUAUCCUUUUCAUCAGUGUGCAUUCCGUAGGGGCCUCCAUUUUUACCUUUGAGUGGCUGAGUCCCCGUGGGCUGGAUCAAGGCAGGACCCCAAUGCGAGAGCAUUCGUUUUCCCUGUUCCGCUCGUUUUGGUUGAUUUGGGCCAUGCUCUUUGGUGCUGCUGUAUCAGCUGACAAUCCACGUGGUGUGUCAGCCCGCUUCAUGGGAAACGUGUGGGCGCUGUUCGCUCUGGUAUUCCUUGCCAGCUACACAGCUAACCUGGCAGCUUUCAUGAUCACCAAAAAUACGUUCUACGACUUAGAAGGCAUCAAGGAUUGGCGGCUGAAUUCACCACUCACUCAUCAGCCUCCCUUUAAGUUUGGUACCGUGUUCAACAGCAGUACGGAGGAAAACCUGCGAGACAACCACCAAGCCAUGUACAAGUACAUGAAGGAGUUUAACACCCAGUCUGUGAGGGAGGCCAUUGAUUUGCUUCGAAUCGGUGAGAUUCAGGCUUUUAUUUAUGAUGCCACCCCUCUGCAAUACCAAGUAGGCAUUGAUAAGGACUGUAAGUUGAUGCUGGUUGGUAAACCAUACGCCAUGUCGGGUUAUGCCGUGGCCUUUCCUAAAGGGAAAUUGGAGGUCAAAGAGGAGAUGGACGAACUCAUUCUAGAACUACAAGAUGACGGUGAGCUUGAAAGACUCCGGAAGUACUGGUUGUCAGGUCCGUGUUAUUCCAAGCAGCGGAUUGGUCAAUCCAGUCAAAGGCUGCGCGAGCUGAAUUUCACCAGUGCUUUUAUCCUGUUAGCUUCUGGAAUAGUAUUGGGAGGGCUUCUUCUUGUACUUGAGCACCUGUACUUCCGAUUCGGUCGAAAAUAUUUGAAAAAGUACGAUAAAUGUGGAUGCUGUGCUUUGGUUAGUUUGAGCAUGGGAAAAUCGCUGACUUUUGAACAAACCAUAAUGGAAGCUAUAGACUUGAAAAAGAAACACAAGUGCAAAAAUCCUAUGUGUGAAACUCAGCUAUGGAAAGUUAGACACGAGUUGGAUUUAGCUUUAUUAAAAAUAGAAAAACUUACAAGAGAGUUGAGACGAGAAAGAAAUUUGAAUGCAUUACCUUCCAGUCGCAUUGAGACUAGCGAUUCCUCAGAACCAUUACCAAUUGGAUGGAAAGACACAGAAGAAAACAUGGAGUCACGUGACUCCCUUGACAAUUCACAGAGUGAAGUGGAAAACCUGAGACCAGAAAACAAUAUGAGACGUUCUCCUAGCUACACUCAGGCUGUUACGGCUGACCCCUCAGGUGACGACGAAGUCCAACAACCUCAAAGUUUAGACGUUAGAUAUAAAGACGGAAAAGUUUAUCAAAAAGUUGAUAGUGGUGAAGUUUGAAAAAUGUUUCUAAUAUGUCUAUUUUUCUAAUCAUGUGAUUCGGUGAGCCAGUUGUACAUUCUUAAAUUCUCAGAACCGUCCAAUUGUGCCAAACACCCGGAAACACCACUACGAGAUCCUCCCCAUAAAAAAAGCAACGACUCGAUCGCAACUUCAACACGUGUUUUGUGUAUUGCUAGCAUGACGGAUAUAACAUUAUUAAGUGCCUUAAAUAUAGCCAAAAGUUCCUGAAGGAAAAAAGUAUCAGCUUAGUUUACGUUUUCUUGAUUUAAUUGUUAGCAGCUGUAAUACCAAACCACUCUGUAGAACAGAUAAAGAAUGGAACAGUGGCAUUCCUAAUCGUUGCUGUAUUGAUAAAUUGAAUGGUGUUUUGAUAACCACUCAAUUCCAUGUACAGAAUGACUGCAAGAUGUAGCAAUUGUGAUUUAAUGAAACUAUGUAUAAAUGUGCAAUACAGGUGGAUGUGAACGGUUUCAAACAA